CAGCGGUACGUGAUGACGUCAGGACGGGCACGUCGCCGGGUAGCUGCUGAGCGGUGGCCGGGAGAGAAGUGACAGGGAGCGGCGGGGCCGGGAGGCGACGUCACCCACACACCGGGCCCUGGAGCGAUGGAGAGGCCGCGGCAGCGUCCAGGGGAGACCUCAACUGUGGAGGGUACGGAGGUGACUUUGGGGAACGAGGUGCCAUGUAUGCUGAUCCUAAACCACCAGCGCGAUGGACAGUAUACGCUGGUCAUCCGUACGCCGGGUAAAGUUUCGGCCAAUGAAGAAGUCCUGCCUAUAACAAGUGGAUUCAAAUGCGUUCAAGAAGCAGAGGAGACUCUUCUCAUUGACAUUCCUACUAACAGUGGCUGCCGGGUAAGGCUGCAGGCGGACCCUUGGUCGGCGGAGCGCCUCUUUAAGAUCUCCGACGAGGAGAAGUGUAUAGAGCUACUCUCCGAGAUGCGGCUGAUACAGGAAGGUGCGGUUCGGGGUAAGCCCAUUUAUCCAGAUAGGAAAGAGUCCUCGAACUGGUACCAAACUGCAGAGAAGAUACAGAGCAUUCCGGUGACGACAUUAAACUCUGCGGUCUCAGGGAAUAUGGGGUUUGAUGAUAAUUUUAGCUCCAUGAAUCUUGAAAAAAGGAGAAACCUUCAAAACCAACAGCAGGGCUCCCGCAGAGAGCCUCCACCUCCGCCCCCACCACCAGUCCCACUGGAAAGGCCGCUGCCCCGGGAGCGCGAUCCAGACGGAUGGGAAAAGCCGAAGAUGACGAACAGCAUGCGGAAGCUGUUUGUGCCAACCAGCCAGUCUGGGCAAAGGGAGGGACUGAUCAAACACAUCCUGGCAAAGAAAGAGAGCGAAUACGUGAAUAUUGAAAAUUACAGAUUUUUCAUAGGAACCUGGAAUGUGAACGGCCAGUCUCCAGAUGGUGGGCUAGAGGCGUGGCUACAUGCAGAUGCUGAGCCUCCAGACGUGUAUGCCAUUGGGUUCCAGGAGCUGGACCUCAGCACGGAAGCGUUCUUCUACUUUGAUUCAGGGAAGGAGCAGGAGUGGCUGGAGGCUGUGGAAAAGAGUCUCCAUCUGAAGGCCAAGUAUAAGAAAAUCCGCUUGAUCAGACUUGUGGGUAUGAUGCUGGUGGUGUUUGCCAAAAAGGAACAUUUCAAACAUAUCCAAGAGGUUGCAGCGGAUUCUGUGGGGACUGGAAUCAUGGGGAAAAUGGGUAACAAGGGAGGGGUGGCCGUCAGGUUCGUCUUCCACAACACGUCCUUCUGCUUUGUGAACUCCCACCUGGCCGCGCACGUGGAAGAUUUUGAGAGGCGGAAUCAGGACUACAAGGAUAUUUGUGCCCGGCUGAACUUCUUCCUCCCGGACCGGAACGUACCAACCUUUAACAUCAUGAAGCACGACGUCGUUAUAUGGUUGGGCGACCUGAACUACAGACUGUGCAAAUAUGAUGCCACUGAAGUCAAAAACAUGAUUGCGAGAAAUGACGUUAGCACCUUGCUGAAGUUUGAUCAGCUAAAUAUCCAGAGGGAACUGAAAAACGUCUUCUCUGAUUUUACGGAGGGCACCAUCACUUUCAUCCCAACGUACAAGUUUGACCCAAAGACAGAUCGUUGGGAUUCGAGUGGGAAGUGUCGGGUGCCGGCCUGGUGUGACCGUGUUCUCUGGAGAGGAACCAGUAUAAAGCAGCUAAAAUACCGCAGCCACAUGGAGCUUAAAACCAGCGACCACAAGCCCGUCAGCUCCCUGUUCACCAUCGGGGUGAAAGUUGUGGUGGAACGCAGAUACAGAAAAGCAUUUGAGGACAUUGUGAGGAUGAUGGACAGAAUGGAGAAUGAUUUCCUUCCUUCCUUAAACCUCACCAGGAGAGAUUUCAAGUUUGACCGGGUGAGAUUCCGUCAGUUACAUAAGGAGAAGUUUCUAAUCCAGAAUGACGGACAGGUCCCGUGUCACUUCUCCUUCAUUCCCAAACUGAAUGACACGCAGUACUGCAAGCCCUGGCUGCGUGCUGAGCCCUGCGAGGGGUACCUGGAGCCAAAUGAAUGUGUGGAGAUCAGCCUGGACGUGUACGUCAGUAAGGACUCUGUUACCCUCCUCAACUCCGGCCAGGACAGCAUUGAGGAUAUAUUAGUCCUUCACCUGGACCGCGGCAAGGACUACUUCCUAACCAUCAGCGGGAGUUACCUGGCCAGUUCUUUCGGCACCUCUCUGGAAGCCUUGUGCCGAAUGAAGAGGCCAAUCCGGGAAAUCCCAGUUACCAAACUCAUUGACCUGGGAGAAGACAGCUUCUCAGAGAAGGAGAAAGCGGUUAUGCAGAUGUUGCCGGAAGAUGUCGACGGGACCAACGACAAACCCCUGAAGGUCCCGAAAGAGAUCUGGCUGUUAGUGGAUCACCUGUAUAAGAACGCCUGUCACCAGGAGGAUCUUUUCCAAACUCCUGGAAAACAGGAAGAGCUGCAGCAAAUCAUUGACUGUUUAGACACCAGCAUUCCGGACACCAUCCCUGGCAGUAACCAUUCUGUGGCGGAAGCAUUACUGAUCUUCCUGGAAGCACUGCCAGAGCCCGUCAUCUGCUAUGAGUUGUACCAGAGGUGCAUCGACUGCUCGCACGACACGCGUCUCUGCCGACAGGUGAUUUCCCAACUUCCGCGAAGUCACCGGAAUGUGUUCCGAUAUUUGGUGGCGUUUCUGCGAGAGCUGCUGAAGUACACUAGCGACAACAACCUGAGCGCCAGCCUGAUUGCGACUGUAUUCACCAGUCUCCUCCUCCGACCUCCGCCAAACCUGGUGGGGAAGCAGACUGCGAGUGAGCGCCAGCGGGGGAGCACUUUCAUCCUGGGGUUCCUGCUGGCGGGGGACGAGGAAUGAGGACAGUAAGAAUAAAUGACACGGCACAAGACUGAGACCUGAAGCUCUGUAUGAGGAUGUGACCUGUCCGCUGCAGAGACGAGAGGACGAGCCGGCGGAAGUCACUCAUGGUACCGUUUCCUCCUUUAUGCCAUAGGAGCAGACACCACACAAGGACUUCUCCGUGGGAGGCUGGAACCCUAAAGUGGUGCAGGGUCUUCUCUGGUCCAUGUGAAACGCAGGUCACCUCUUUUGUUACCGUGAACACUUUGGUCCUUGCCCUUUUGUUUGCUCUUAACACUGGUGCCAUAGUCUUGUUCAAUUUAUGUGCGAUAUGGUUCUAUUUAAGUGCCCUUUGCUCCGUUCUCCUUACAUUUCAAGUGACUUGGUGCCCGACGCGUUUCAUCGAUUCUGCAUUUGUUUCUGGCUUGGAGACCUGACGAAGACUAUAGGAUUGGUUGGUUGUCUGUUCAUUUUUUUACAUACAGUCCUUCUCUUUCAGCCACACAGGUUGACACGUCCACUUACAACACUAGCCAUCUUCCGAACACCCCUUUCAUGUUCCGUGCGCAUUAGCAUAGUCUUUGUAGUGGGAGCGGGAAGCAGAAUCACUGUGUUAGACCUUUUCAGCUGUCCGCUUGAUGUACAGUACUGUAACUAUUGGACUGCAGCAAUUAUGUGAUUACCCCAUACCUUAUAAUGUACAAGUGCUGCUUAUACUAUGGGACUAGGUCUAGAAUAUAGUUAAAUACAUUUCACUCUUCUCAUUAUGUGCAACAAUAACUCCCGUCAUUUUUAAUUUGUCUGUACUGCUGAUUUGUGUACAAAAAAAAUCAAUUCUUUCUAGCAAUUUAUGGUCUUUUAUCUCUGAAAAACAGAUUAGGCUGUGUUAUAAACACUACAUGACAUAAAACUACAUGGGAGAAUAUGUAUACAGUGUAUCCAAUGGAUUUUUGUUUUUGGUUAUAUUUAACUUUUUUUGUAUCCUCACCAAGAAUGUUUUUCCUUUUUAAAGUGCAUCUGUAAACUAACUCGGUGGGAGCAGCCGCUUGGUGGGCUGAACUGGUUUUCACAACUAUGGAGCCUAAUAUUGUGCUAGGAAUAGGUGACCUCCCUGAGGCACUGAAGUGCCUCAUACCUCAGUGAUGUCAGCGGUUUUAGCAAGCUGGGAGCAGCCACUUGGUGGUCUGCACUGGUUUUCACGACUAUGGAGCCUGAUAUUGUGCUAGGAAUAGGUGACCUCACUGAGGCACUGAAGUGCCUCAUACCUCAGUGAUAUCAGCAGUUUCCAGUGAGCUGGGAGCAGACAGAUGGUGGGCUACACUGGUUUUCACGACCAUGGAGCCUGAUAUUGUGCUAGGAAUAGGUGACCUCACUGAGGCACUGAAGUGCCUCAUACCUCAGUGAUGUCAGCGGUUUCUAGUGAACUGGUUUACCUGAGUUAUAUGCUUUUGGUUCAGCAUACUAUGCCUUCUUCCACCGUGUGUCGGCAAAAUCUCCCAUAAAGUCUAGUAACGAGAAGGGCUUUUCCCUCUGUCAUUACGUGACGCAUACAGUAUGACCAUUCAGGCUAAUUUGGUGGCAGCAGAAUACGAUGUGUCACUGUAGCAGAUAUCUGUGCACAGGGGAAGUGAGCUUGUAGCAGUAUUUUGCUUGUCAUACAUGAUUGAUGCUUUUUAAAAGUAUUUUAUUUAGGUUAUUUAUUUUUGUAGGUUAAAGAAUUAAAAAACAAAAUGUUUUCAGCAUUUCAACGCGUUUCUCCGUAAUUUCAUAUGGAAUGAGAAAUGCCAAAAAUGUUAUUUAAUACUUCAGAUCGGAAAUAUAUAUCAUGUCAGUGGCUUGAUGCUUUAAAGGAGUUUUGUGUCCAACUUAUGAAGUGCUGGUUACCAAUCGGUGAUGGGCAGAGCCAGGUAUAUACAGUAACUGAACCCUGACUUCUAGGUCCCGUCUCACUACUGUAAGGCUCGGCCGGUGUUCAUCCAUCCUUUCCUACAAAUCCACCGGACAGCUUGAUAUGAUCACUGGUUAAAUGUACAUUAUUAUGUGUACCCCAGUUUUACAGUGUUAUUCCUAUGUGAUGCUGUAUUACCUGCUCUGGUUCCUGGCAGAUCUGCGUUACUGUUUAUCCCACGUCAGCAAAGUGAUGAUGUAUAUGUACAGUGGUGGAACCCAGUCCGGAUACUUGUUACUGGGUCGGUUCCUUUCCCAUUAAUCAUGAACCACAGAAGAGUGCUAGAGGUUCCGGGACUUGUAUGCAGCCACGCAUUUAAGUGGGUCGGCGAUGUAUCAAUCCUUCAAUGGACGACAAGUGGAAGUUUUUCCCAAAGUGAUCACUGAUUGGUUGUUAUGGGAAAUAGCGCCUACGUUCUUUAUAAGGUUUGAUGCAUCUUCUCCCAGUCUCAAGAAGGUGAUAGGAGACCGACUAGUGACUAGCUAGUCUUGGGUAGUGCUUCAUCAGUACAUUUAAAAAGAUGAAGGUUCCGUCACUUUUAUACUGGAUGAAGGCCUGAAUAUAUGAUGCUUCAUGUGCUGGGACAACCUAUACAGUAUAGAUAUAAACUGCCAACGCAAUAUAUACAGGGGGAAGGGGGCAUCUCACUGAGUAUUUUAUUGGCUGGUGAUAGAACCCCGGGAAGAGAAUAGCUCUGAUUUUUUUUAGUGUAACAGAAUAUAAUGACCAUUCGCUCACACAACAUUGUAGAGGAGAUUAAUCGAAGCUUGGACAGAGAUAAACUACCAACCAAUCAGCUCCUGUCGUCAUUUUUUCAAACACAACCUGUAAUAUAACAGCUAGAUGGUGAUUAAGUGGUACUUUAACUCUCUCCACUCUAUGGGGUCUAUUUACUAAGCCUUGGAUGGAGAUAAAGUCGCUGGAGGUAAAGUACCAGCCAAUCAGCUCCCAACUGCCAUGCCACAGGCUGUGUUUGAAAAUGACAGUUAGGAGCUGAUUGCCUGGUACUUUAUCUCCAGCCAAGGCUUAGUAAGUAGACCCCUAUAUCUCCCAAAUCUCUACCUGUGUGUGGUGACUCUUUGUACCAUGCAGCAAUCUUCUAGUCUGGUCAGUAUGUAGGUUACGCUAGGUAGGUAUGGAACAGCUAAUAUUUCCCAAAACGCACUUUGAGUCUUUAUCUCCCGAGAUAUUACCAAAACGUACAUUCGUACAUUACGGUGUCCCUUGCCUAAAUGGUUACGGUUCGGGAACUUUAGUUCUGCGGUCUCUUGAGGAGACCUCUAAAGCCUCAGUCGUGCAGAGUCUGAAUGCCCGAUUUAGUUAUAGGUUCUCUGUUCAGUGAGAUUUCUUAAUAUAUCUUAUCGUGUUACUAAAAUAUAUAUACACCUGUUCCAAAGGAGCCUCUUUCCUCUGUACUCCCUUUUGAUCUUUUGUUGGAUACACUUCUAGAAAGCUGUAUCCAACCGUAUUUGGUUGUGAACUUCUCUGUCUUCAGUAGGGCACGCAAGCAAGCACUCCACAUACAGAUGUGUCUUCCGCUGAUACCGGAGGAGUUAUGCGGCUGGGGAGCGGGGACAUGCCCUCUGCUCACCAAGUACUGUCAGAUCAUGUGGAAUGUUCCUUACAGCUAGCAAAACCAAAGGCUGUAGAAAGCCUAACUUUGGAUGUUUCGACCUUCUGCUUUACUGGUUCAGGACGGUGGGUGCAGCCCUAUGGUCUCUAAGGCCCAGCCAAUCAGCUCCUAACUGCCAUGUUACAGGCUGUGUUGGACAGAUGAGAAUUAGGAGCUGAUUGGUUGGGAUUUUAUCUCCACUCUCCAAGGCUUGAUAAAUCAGGGCCUAAGACUCUUAUGUCACACAGUGGAUAUCUCUUUGGGAUAUCUGUUGCUCCAUUCACUCAGUUAACCUGACUGUGGUUGCCAUGGUGGUAGGCAACUGUUUAUUAGUGUUAAUACCAGAUACUUCUAGCAUAGUGAAUAGUGAUCUGUAUGGCACUGAGGGUGAAAUCUACAGUAACAGCUGCAGCAUCAUAGUAAUAGCAUCUUCGAGUUUUAUCCUGGUAAAUGUUAUAAUAUUCCGAUGUUGGGGGCUUAUCUCAUGUCACACUUUGUGUCCUGUCCUCCGUGUAUUACACUGCAUAUGGUGGUUUGUACUGUUUGUGUGUGUGAGAACCCCCUGGUUUCCCUGCACCUCCUUGGAUACGAGCUUCCUCGGUACUCGCUAGUUAUGACUGUACCUGUACAUCCGCCUCCUCUGUUCAGACUAGUGGAACUUUAUGUAUCUUUUGGUCACCAAUUUAUUUUUAUAUGUAGUUAAUUUAUUUGGUACAUAAAAUGUAUGGACAAAAUGAAUAGCAUUGUGUAACGAAUAAAGUACUUUUAUGUCAUCACAG